AUGGAAGGAGGAACGCCGCCGCAACCUCCGGGGAUGGACAUGACUGUGGCUCAACACGUACCCCUUGGAUCGCAACCUCGUCUUCGAUUACUUCGCCCUCUCCCCUUUGAUUGGACCUGCAACAACGAGCAACUCCGAAUACGCUCUCUCCACCCUCUCGAUCUCUCUCAACUCACGAAAAUGACAGGCACAACAGAGUUUGUGCUCUGUGAAGUUAUGGAACCCCCAUCUUGGAUGGGAAGGGCACUCUAUUAUAUACAAAAAGCUUUUACUACAGCUGCCUCAAAGUUGGAGAAGAUAGGAUAUGAUGGAUCAGUUGACUCUGAAAAUGAGACUGCAUUGCUGGAAUCAAAGGUUGCUAAGGUGACAAUUGACCUAAAGGAAGUUAAGCGAGUGGAUAAUAUUCCUGCAUCCUUGCAACACAAGAGGUUAAAGUGUGGAUUUGUGACUGUUGAUUAUGAACUUAAUAGUUGGGACUUAAGAGUAUAA